UAUCAAAUAUUUUUUAUUCAUAAUUAUUAAUUAUCAUAUAUACGUUAAUCAUAUUAGGCAAUUCCGUAGCUUUUAUUGAAGGAAAAUGCGAGAAUAUUUUUUUGUACAUUAUUUAUUAAUUUAAUAGUUAGUUUAAUAAAAAAAUAUAAUAUAAAUUAAGAUGAACCAGCAUAUUUCUUUAAAAAUUCUGAAUUUCAUUAUCAUUGUGACAUGUGACUACAAAAUAAUAUUGUAGUGUUUCUCAACUAAUAUAUAAGAGAUAUUGGGUUUUUUUCUAUUUAAUCUAUAAUAUUAAAGCAUCCUGCCCUUAUUAAGACAGGUUCAGGUUACGUUUGCAACGGAUUGUUCUCAAUUGGUGAAGAUGGUUUCGGAACCAGAAGAAUGGCCAGCCUUUGAAAGCUAUUUGGAAGAUAUCAAACUCCUCAAAGGAAGCUUCCUCAACUCAGACAUCGUCCAUGUACCUCGGACGGCGAAUCUUCGGGCGGAUAGCUUAGCACGUAGUGCACGCAAGCAACUGUCCUUUGUCGUUCACAUGGAUACAGAGUUACCAAUAUGGUUUACAGAGUCAACAUGAGUCUGUAAAUUUCUUGCUGUCAAAAAAAAAAAAAAAAAAAAAAAUACAUUUCAAUGCCUUUGUCAUUUUUUAUUAUUUUAAAUAAAUUUCGGCCACAAUAAAUUUGCUUUUUCUACUUUCAUGGGAAAUGGCGGAUUGGGCUCCGGUUCUCGUCGGAGUCGUGUUGUUCGUGAUGCUCUCUCCAGGACUCCUCUUCUCAUUGCCGGGACAUCACCGGACGCUAGAUCUCGGCGGCAUGAAGACCAACGGCAAAGCAUUCGCCGUUCACACACUCAUCUUCUUCGCUGCUUACACGAUCUUGAUCCUCGCCGUCAAUCUCCACAUCACCACCGGCUGAUUUAGAGCUUUUAUUGAAUCUGGGGGGUUACAGGAAUCUUCUUAGAUUUGGAUAUCUGUUUAGUUUCACUUUUACGUAAUCUGUUUUAUAGUCCGAUACUUGUUCCGGACCGAACAUUAACUUGUUGUCUUGUUCAUGUUCAUUGUGUUUUACUGAAAGUGUAUUAAAGAAUCAGACAUUAAUGAAAAAAAAUUGUGGAAACAAUCGAGAUGAAGAUGCUUUAUGUUGGUUA